GGCGGCGGCGGCGGCGGCGGCGGCGCGGACUGUGAGCAUGGCCGGCCCCUGCGCGGCGCGCCCGGCCCGCGGCGGGCGGACCAGACCGGCUGUCUCCCUAAGGCCCUAGAUGUGGAGCCCUGAAAGGUCUGAGGGAUUAUCGGAGCGCUUUCCUCCCCCACCCCGUCCCGACCACCGCCAUGCGUGCCGCUGUGCAUCCCUGGGCCCUCCUGCUGCUGGGGGCUGUGUGGGCCAUGGCCGAGCCCCCCUUUCGGACCUUCCCCGUGAGCGACUGGAGCCUGACACACCUGGUCGUCCACAACAAGACGGGUGAGGUGUACGUGGGCGCCGUCAACCGUAUCUACAAGCUCUCGAGCAACCUGACCCUGCUGCGGACGCACGUCACUGGCCCCGUGGACGACAACGAGAAGUGUUACCCGCCCCCCAGCGUGCAGAGCUGCCCCCACGGGCUGGUGACCACCAACAAUGUCAACAAGCUGCUGCUGCUGGACUACGCGGCCAACCGGCUCCUGGCCUGCGGGAGUGCCUCGCAGGGCAUCUGCCAGUUCCUGCGGCUUGACGACCUCUUCAAGCUGGGCGAGCCCCACCACCGCAAGGAGCACUACCUGUCGAGCGUCAACGAGUCGGGCACCAUGUCCGGCGUGCUCAUCGAGGUCCCCGGCGGGCACGACAAGCUCUUCAUCGGCACACCCAUCGACGGCAAGUCUGAGUACUUCCCCACGCUGUCAAGCCGCAAGCUGAUGGAGAACGAGGAGAACGCCGAGAUGUUCGGCUUCGUCUACCAGGACGAGUUCGUCUCGAGCCAGCUCAAGAUCCCCUCAGACACGCUUUCCAAGUUCCCGGCCUUCGACAUCUACUACAUCUACAGCUUCAGCAGCGAGCAGUUCGUCUACUACCUGACUCUGCAGCUGGACACGCAGCUGACCUCGCCCGACUCCACGGGCGAGCAGUUCUUCACCUCCAAGAUCGUCCGCCUCUGCGUGGACGACCCCAAGUUCUACUCGUACGUGGAGUUCCCCAUCGGCUGCGUGCAGGGUGGCGUCGAGUACCGCCUGGUGCAGGAUGCCUACCUGAGCAAGCCCGGCCGGGCCCUGGCGCGCCAGCUCGGCGUCUCCCAGGCCGACGACGUGCUCUUCACCGUCUUUGCACAGGGCCAGAAGAACCGCGUCAAGCCGCCCAAGGAGUCCGUCCUCUGCCUCUUCACCCUCAAGAAGAUCAAGGACAAGAUCAAGGAGAGGAUCCAGUCCUGCUACCGGGGAGAGGGCAAGCUGUCCCUGCCCUGGCUCCUGAACAAGGAGCUGGGCUGCAUCAACUCGCCUUUGCAGAUUGACGAUGAUUUCUGUGGGCAAGACUUUAACCAGCCUCUGGGUGGGACCGUGACCAUCGAGGGCACCCCGCUCUUUGUGGACAAGGAGGACGGCAUGACAUCAGUGGCUGCCUAUGACUACCAGGGCCAUACGGUUGUCUUUGCGGGGACCCGGAGUGGCCGGAUCAAAAAGAUCCUGGUGGACCUGUCCAGCCCCGGGGGGCGCCCCGCCCUGCAGUAUGAGAACGUGGUGGCCCACGAGGGCAGCUCCAUCCUCAGGGACCUGGUCCUGAGCCCCAGCCGGCAGUACAUCUAUGCCAUGACCGAGAAGCAGGUGACCCGGGGUUCCGGGGUGGGGGUUGCAGCAGUCGCCCUUCGCAGGCUGGCCCGGCCCGGGACCCCCAUCGGGUGGCCGGUCCUUCCCCCUUUGGGAGAGCACCAGUUGGGGGAUUUGCCCCUCCCCCGCCCCCUGAGGAGGACUGGGCGCCCAGAACGCGGGGACGCGGGCCCGGAGCCUCUCUGGGGGAUCGUGGCCGAGGCUGGGGCUGCCACUCGUCCAGUCCCCUCGCGGUUCCGAUGCUCUCCGGCUCUCCCUCCCGCCAGCUGCUCCCGGAAGGACCGCUGCGAGCGCGCCGACGAGCCCCAGCGCUUCGCCUCCGACCUGCUCCAGUGCGUGCAGCUCACCGUGCGGCCCAAGAACAUCUCGGUCACCGUGUCGGAAGUCCAGCUCGUCCUGCAAGCCUGGAACGUGCCCGACCUCUCGGCGGGGGUCAACUGCUCCUUCGAAGACUUCACCGAGUCGGAGAGCCGCAUCGAGGACGGGAAGAUCCACUGCCGCUCCCCCUCCGCCAAGGACGUGGUGCCCAUCACCCGGGGGCAGGGAGACAAGAGGGUGGUGAAGCUCUACCUGAAGUCCAAGGAGACAGGGAAGAAGUUCGCAUCUGUGGAUUUUGUCUUUUACAACUGCAGCGUCCACCAGUCCUGCCUGUCCUGCGUGAAUGGAUCCUUCCCUUGUCACUGGUGCAAAUACCGACACAUCUGCACCCACAAUGCAGCCGACUGCUCCUUCCAGGAGGGCCGGGUCAACGUGUCUGAGGACUGCCCCCAGAUCCUGCCGUCCACGCAGAUCUAUGUGCCGGUGGGCGUGGUGAAGCCCAUCACGCUCACAGCCAAGAACCUGCCCCAGCCACAGUCGGGCCAGCGCAACUACGAGUGCAUCUUCCACAUCCCCGGCAGCCCGGCCCGCGUCACCGCCCUGCGCUUCAACAGUACCAGCAUCCAGUGCCAGAACACGUCGUACACCUACGAAGGGAAUGACAUCAGUGACCUGCCCGUCAAUCUCUCUGUUGUGUGGAAUGGCAACUUUGUCAUCGACAAUCCCCAGAACAUCCAAGCUCACCUGUACAAGUGCUCGGCUCUGCGAGAGAGCUGCGGGCUCUGCCUCAAAGCGGACCCGCGGUUCGAGUGCGGCUGGUGCGUGGCCGAGAAGCGCUGCUCCCUGCGCCACCACUGCCCUGCGCCAGACGUCGGCUGGAUGCAUGCCAGCAGCGGCAACAGUCGCUGCGCGGACCCCAAGAUCCUGAAGCUGUCUCCGGAGACGGGCCCCCGGCAGGGCGGGACUCGGCUCACCAUCACCGGCGAGAACCUGGGCCUGAAUUGGGGGCCCCCUCCUCCCCAGCUGCCGCCCCCUCCCAGCACAGCCCCGAGCUUGGGCCUCGGUGGGCUCUCCUUGCAGAGCACCCAGCAAGCUCCCCUGACCUCUGUCCUUUUCUUGCAGACCCCCACCUUUUACCGGGUGACCCCCGCCCGUGGUCCACUCUCUGGGGGUACCUGGAUUGGCAUUGAAGGAAAUCACCUGAAUGCCGGCAGUGAUGUGGCUGUCUCCAUUGGGGGCCGGCCCUGUACUUUCUCCUGGAGGAAUUCCCGGGAAAUCCGCUGCCGAACCCCACCGGGCCAGAACCCUGGGGGCGCCAGCAUUGUGAUCAACAUAAACCGGGCUGAGCUCAGCAACUCCGACGUGAAAUACAAUUACACCGAGGACCCCACCAUCCAGAAGAUCGACCCGGAGUGGAGCAUUAACAGCGGCGGAACACUGCUCACCGUCACAGGCACCAACCUGGCCACCAUCCGAGAGCCCCGGAUUCGCGCCAAGUACGGCAGCGCUGAGAGGGAAGACACCUGCGUUGUGUACAACGACACUACCAUGGUGUGCCAAGCCCCCUCCAUUGACAACCCCACCCGGAGCCCCCCCGAACUGGGCGACCGGCCAGACGAACUGGGCUUCGUGAUGGACAACGUGCGGUCCCUGCUCAUCAUCAACAGCACCAACUUCCUCUAUUACCCCGAUCCCGUCUUUGAGCCCCUCAGCCCCUCCGGCAUCCUGGAACUCAAGCCCAGCUCCCCCCUCAUCCUCAAGGGCCGGAACCUCCUCCCUCCUGCGUCAGGGAACUCCAGGCUCAACUACACGGUGCUCAUCGGGUCCACCCCCUGUGUGCUGACCGUGUCCGAGACCCAGCUGCUGUGCGAGUCGCCCAACCUCACUGGUCAGCACAAAGUCACGAUCAAGGCGGGCGGCUUCGAGUUCUCCCCGGGGACGCUGCAGGUGUACUCGGACAGCCUCCUGACACUGCCGGCCAUCAUCGGCAUUGGGGGCGGGGGCGGCCUGCUGCUGCUCGUCAUCAUCGUGGUCCUCAUCGCCUACAAGCGCAAGUCCCGGGAUGCGGACCGCACCCUCAAGCGCCUGCAGCUGCAGAUGGACAACCUGGAGUCGCGGGUGGCCCUGGAGUGCAAGGAAGCCUUUGCAGAGCUGCAGACAGACAUCCAUGAGCUGACCAAUGACCUGGACGGAGCCGGCAUCCCUUUCUUGGACUACCGUACAUACGCCAUGAGGGUCCUCUUCCCAGGCAUCGAGGACCACCCGGUGCUGAAGGAGAUGGAGGUCCAGGCCAAUGUGGAGAAGUCACUCACACUGUUCGGACAGCUCCUGAACAAGAAACACUUCCUGCUGACCUUCAUCCGCACGCUGGAGGCCCAGCGCAGCUUCUCCAUGAGGGACCGUGGCAACGUGGCAUCCCUCAUCAUGACGGCGCUCCAGGGCGAGAUGGAGUACGCCACAGGCGUCCUGAAGCAGCUGCUCUCGGACCUCAUUGAGAAGAACCUGGAGAGCAAGAACCACCCCAAGCUGCUGCUGCGGAGGACGGAGUCGGUAGCAGAGAAAAUGCUGACAAACUGGUUCACGUUUCUACUGUACAAGUUUCUCAAGGAGUGUGCAGGGGAGCCCCUCUUUAUGCUCUACUGCGCUAUCAAGCAGCAGAUGGAGAAAGGCCCGAUUGAUGCCAUCACUGGAGAGGCUCGCUAUUCCCUGAGUGAAGACAAGCUCAUCCGCCAGCAGAUUGACUACAAGAUGCUGACGCUGAACUGUGUGAAUCCAGAGAACGAGAAUGCUCCAGAGAUCCCAGUCAAGGUGCUCAACUGCGACACCAUCACACAAGUGAAGGAGAAGUUGCUGGACGCCGUCUAUAAGGGGGUUCCUUACUCCCAGAGGCCCAAGGCUGGGGACAUGGACCUGGAGUGGCGUCAAGGCCGAAUGGCCAGAAUCAUCCUGCAGGACGAGGACGUAACCACCAAGAUAGACAAUGACUGGAAGAGACUCAAUACUCUGGCCCAUUAUCAGGUGACCGACGGCUCAUCCGUGGCCCUGGUGCCCAAGCAGAACUCAGCCUAUAAUAUCUCCAAUUCCUCCACCUUCACGAAGUCCCUCAGCAGAUACGAGAGCAUGCUCAGGACCGCCAGCAGUCCCGACAGUCUGCGCUCGCGCACCCCGAUGAUCACGCCUGACCUGGAGAGUGGCACCAAGCUCUGGCACCUGGUCAAGAACCAUGACCACUUAGACCAGCGGGAAGGGGACCGAGGCAGCAAGAUGGUCUCCGAGAUCUACCUGACCCGGCUGCUGGCCACCAAGGGAACCUUACAGAAGUUUGUGGAUGACCUAUUUGAGACCAUCUUCAGUACAGCUCACAGGGGCAGUGCUCUCCCCCUUGCAAUCAAAUACAUGUUUGAUUUCCUGGAUGAGCAAGCUGACAAACACCAGAUCCAUGACUAUGAUGUUCGGCAUACUUGGAAAAGCAACUGCCUACCUCUGCGCUUUUGGGUGAAUGUGAUCAAGAACCCACAGUUUGUGUUCGACAUCCACAAGAAUAGCAUCACGGACGCCUGCCUGUCUGUGGUGGCCCAGACAUUCAUGGAUUCCUGUUCCACUUCCGAGCACAAGCUGGGCAAGGACUCGCCCUCCAACAAGCUGCUGUAUGCGAAGGACAUCCCCAACUACAAGAGCUGGGUGGAGAGGUACUACUCAGACAUCGCCAAGAUGCCUGCAAUCAGCGACCAGGACAUGAGUGCCUACCUGGCGGAACAGUCCCGGCUACACCUCAGCCAGUUCAACAGCAUGAGUGCCCUGCAUGAGAUCUACUCCUACAUUACCAAGUACAAGGAUGAGAUCUUGGCUGCUUUGGAGAAGGACGAACAGGCACGGAAGCAGCGGCUCCGGAGUAAGCUGGAGCAGGUGAUAGACACUAUGGCCCUGAGCAGCUGAGAAGUCUGGGAGGGCCCUUGGUGACUUUUUCCUAGUGGCAGACUCUGAGAACCAGAGAGAAAGAGACAGAGAGAGAGGCCAGCAGCGGGGGCAGGGUGUCUGUCCUCAACCCCCGCCAUGCCGGGGGACCGCGGGGGACCACGCUGCAUUCACCGGAGCCCCUCCCUGAGCCAGCCAGCACCGCCAAGCCAAGGAAACUCCAACACUCGGCCUGCCGAGGAAGGGAGAAGGACAGAGCCCACUCGCCCGCCCGCCUGCCUGGAGGGAGAGAGGGAGAAUGACCUUUCCGGGCAGCUGCCGCGGUGGGAGGCAGAGAAGGAGGCUGCAGUCACUUGGCAGAGGCCGUCACGCCUCCGCCGCUCCCUGAAGGCUGGCACAGUGGGAAUGGUGCUCCCUGUGGGGGACGAUGCCGGGGAGCCUCCCUCCGCUCCCCGCCCCCUCUUCCAUGGAGGCUUCAGAUUUUAAUUCCUCCAAAUGUGACUGACUGUUUUCUUCCACUCUCUCAUCUGUCCCCGCUGGAUCCAGUCCCUCCCCUCCCCCUCCCCAUCUUUCUCAUUUACCUGCUCUAUUUGCACAGCUUACAGAACAUCAGGAUUUCCUUUUACAAAUCCACAAAUAGAAAGGAAAAAAUGUAACGAGAAAGGUUUUAUAUAUGACAUGAAAUUGGCUUCUCUCCCUCCCACCCCCAAAAUGAGAGGGGAAACCUGUAAAGUGGUCAUCAGAGCCCCAGGCUGCACAGAAAAAGGGGUGCCCGUGGGGGCUGAAGUUUCUUGUCCCGUAGCACGCGUCAUCUGUGUAACCCUCAGCACAAGCGGGAGAGAAAAGCACUGAGGUGCUCCCCGGACCCAGAGCUGGAGAAUGGCGGGGGGCAGCUCUGGGGGCUUUGGUUCUGCCCUCCAUCAUUCCCAAGGGCUGCUGGGAGGUGGCAGGUGGGACAGGAGGGGGCGAGAUGUGGCCCACUUCUGGGUCCCUCCGCCCUCCCUGCUUCUUCCUUCCUUGCAGUAUCCUAAGCCCCAGUCUGUCUCCCUCCCCACGGGCUUCUCAAAUUAGCGACCGCCCCUUGGUGUGGCUCAGUGUGGGAUUCAUGUCUCUGCUGCUGCUAGACCCGUGUUCUGGCCCCGGACAGAGUCAUUCAGCGGAGGGCUGUGCCGAGCCUGGAGCUCCCUGUUUGUCUAAACUCCUGGGAAUGGCCAAAGCCUCUGGCCGCCACUUCCCAGAACUCCUUGGUCCGGGGCCGUGGUCAUGUGACCAGAGAGGAGGAGAGGCAAAGAGAGCCAGCCCCUUUCCGCCCCUCACUGAUGCGCUUGGACAGAGGCAGGUUCCCCAGCCCCCUCCCCGCAGGAUCGACAAGAAUCCUCACUUCUGGUUGAGUGGCAGAGACCUUGGCUCCAGAGGAGCCUCCCAGGCCUGGGUGGGAAAGGGAGGGGAGCAGUUCUCAGCCAGGCCGCUUGCCUGUUCCCAGUCCCUGGGGACCCUUGUUAGAACCUGACAGUGGGUCUGAGAGAGAAGGGGCCAGCCGCAGCGGGCUCUCCCAAUCAGUUUGGGGGUGGGGAUAUUCUGGCUGGUGGGGAGCGGGAAUAAAUCACUCCGUUUUGUCUGGCCCCAGUCUUCUGUCAUCCUUGAGUCUUCCCCAGCAGCAGCCGGCCACAAGCUCUUUUCUCCCGGCCUCACUAACGGAAGAAAUAGAGAAUUUGGUUAGAAGGUAGACUGGUGAGCAUGGCAUUGGGCCUUCCCACCACCUUCCUCCUUCCUCCCCAUCAUCUCCAUUCCCAUCGCCCACCAUCGCCGUCACCACCAUUCUCAGGAACGCCAUCACCCAGCGCCACGGUCAUCAUCCCCAAGGUUAUUCCCACCAACCGUGCUUGAAAUUCUUCUUUCCUCUCACAGAAUCCCCAACUAAAUGAGUCCUUUUUUUGGCCUUGUCCCCCCGGGGGACAUCUAUUUUUAACUCAUAUUUUCUGUGCAACUUAUACCACAGUAAUUCCUAUGCUCAACCAUGGGAGGCUGUCUGUUGGCCUGUGGAAGUGCUUGGGGGUCUCCCGAAGGCCCCCAGGACCUAUGGUUGAACAUCACUGUCUAGGUAUUUAUUAUACCAACUUCCAGUCAUUAAACCAACUCCCCACCAAUUUGGCCAAGCAUGGCCAAAGAUAGCCUUUGAUCUCUUCUGGUGCAGGCCGAAAACUUCAUGAGACUAGCUCUUUGAUCUGUUCAGAGUGUCUUUACUUCUCUCUCUCUCUCUCUCUCUCUUUCUCUGUCUCUGUCUCUUUCUCUCUUUUUCUGUCUGUCUUCUUUCCUUUCCUCUGUCUUCCCCUCUUGUCCUCUCCCCCUGGUGGUUUCCAAGUUCCUGUCUAGUCUGGAAUCUGGCACCAAGUGGUGAACCUCAGAGUGGAGAUGGGAUUGGGAGGGAGGUUUUGGUUUUGCCUUUUUUUUUUUAAGAGGAAAGAAAGAAAAGAGAAAGCCUGUUUGGUUCUCAUACCGUGGUUUUACUGGUGAAGACCAGAACCACACCUGGGAGAGGGCUCCCUCGGUUACCCAGCCAGGCCAAGAUGAUGCUGUUCACAACAUGUAUUGCUGCUGCCUCAGCCUCGGACCACAGGGAGCCAGGCCUGUCCUCCGAGUGGGCCAUUCCAGUGACCCCGAGGGACUGCUCAGUGUCCGUUCAUACCCUCAGUGACCAAGUAAGAACAAAUGAAGUUUUUAAUUCAAAAACAGAGAAUUGUGUGUAUAUAUAUAUAAAUAUAUAUAUGUGGUUACAACCUAAAUCUCCAGCCCCAGGAGGGUCCUGUAUAGUUGACUAAAGAAGAAAAUUUAGGGGAAAAAAAAGAAAAACGAUAUAGAAUAAGAAAAUUAAACCAGUGAGAAAAAUUUAAAAAAACAAAAACAAAAACAAAACAAAUAUACCAAAUGGUCUGGAAGGAACUUCCAAGAGUUUAUCACCAAGCGGAACAAUCUUUGAAGCCUGAACACCUCUCAUUAUGCGGUGAUUUCGUUUUUUUUUUUUUUGGUUUUUUUUAAACUUCAAGGAGGAAGAAAAAGCUACCCCAAGUCCUCAGAAAGUCCGGGACUUCAUAGGACCCGCGAAUUACUGCAUGAGCGUGCUAGAUUUUAGUCUGAGUUGAUCUUUUUAAAACUGCAAGUGUUGAAUACUAGAGGUUGUUUAGACCUUUUUUAUUAUUAUGAUUUUUAAUUAAUUUGUCACUUCUUGUAAAAGGAAAAAAAAUGGAUGAAAGUAGACUUAACUUUUCCAAUUUACUUCUAAAACGGUACUAAAAGUUUCUGUGUACUUUAAGGGACAGCUAACUGUGAUGGGACCGGCAGUCACCACUCCUUGUGGCGCCUGGACUUUCCCAAGAGGUCUCAGGAAGGCCCAGAGGAGGGAGAACUCUUGCUUCUCUGAGGUGACUGGGUUCCUUGAUGAUGGGAAUCAACCCUGGGAGGCUAGUUCCAAAAAGUAGGUUUCCACUGUUUGUGAAGACUUAGGUCCAAAGGGAGAAUCCCUCAAUGAUCUAACUAGAAUUUUUGGUUCUUUUUUUUUUUCCCUUUUGCUCACUGGAUUCCCCCUUUCCCCCUCAGGGUUCUUCUCCCCACCUUCUGCCCCUAUUGGAUUUAGUCAUGGAUGGGGGGGGUCAUUUAGAGUCAUCAGGACUUCCCUCAAAAAAAGGGGGGGGCCAGUUACUUUGGAAUCGACCUGAUCUUUGAUUCAGGAAAUGCUCAUUCAUCAUUAAGCUAUUGGGAAACGUGACAGAUAAGGAAACCAGUUGUGAGGCUCCAGAAACAAGAUGGAGAUUGAUGCUUAGGGACCACUGUUUCCACUUCUGUUCAGUUUUUAAUGAAUUUGGAUAAAGACUUUCCCCAAGCCAGGCGGCUUAGCUUAGGGCUCAGUUAAAUAUUUCCUUUGAUUGAGCCCUUUAGGGAUUCAAAGCAAGUUAAAGGUUAGCAUGUGGUAUUAUGGUCCCCACCCCCCACUCCCAAUUUCCCUCCUGCAAGACCCUGGAAACCGAGGUUCUAGACCAAGACUUUGGUAUCGAUAAGGAAGAGGAUUUCUGUGGCUAACCAGCUUUGCUCUUGAGGGAUCCAAAUUAAGUUCAAUUCUACAAGGCUCCUGAGAGAAAGCGCUAGACAGGCGAAGUCUCCUAUUUUAAAGGAUCUCAUCGAGUCUUGCAAAUAGUUGAGGAAAAUGGCUUUGCCCUGGAUAUGUCCCUUGGACUGGCCCAUGUUCAUAUCAUCCACAGGCAUUGCUGCCAGCCCGGUGCGUGAGGGGUACCCGGGCUUCCUAAAACCAGACCCCACUCAUUCAGGAAAAAAGACUGAUGGCAGUGGGGCCGACACUUCCCUCUGUGUUACCUGAUAAGGAUUUAAGUCAUUUGGGGGAGGGGAGCAGGGGGCAUGUUUAACCUACUUGAGAUUGGCUUCAAGCCUCCUCAAGCACUUUAGAAGCUUCCAUUUAUACAAAAUGAUUGACAAUGCUAAUUAUAAAUCAUUCUUAUCUAUUCAUUAAAGCCAGUCCCCUAAGGAUUCGACUAGGGAGUGCCUCCUCUGCCUGGUUCUAAUUACCAUAUGCACUUAAAAGCAGGAAAGCUACAUUUCUUAAGUCUGUAACCCAUACUUGGGGACAGUGUGUGUGGGGGCCCUUUGGAGUCAGGGAGUCAUAUUAGCUGCAUCAUCUUGGGCAGAUCACUUCUCAGGGCCUCCCACACCCUCCAAGACCAUGCAUGGCCUUUGGGGGAGGGGAUUUGUUCACUAGGAUUUCCCUGCACCAAUGAAGUGCUAGGUCUGGUUCUUCCCGCCCCCUCUUCCCAAAACACAUCAAACCAGGCUUGCCUCUAAGGCAGCUCCCCUUGCCCCAGAGCCCAAACCCAGGAGUCAGAGCUAACGGAGUCCCCUGCUCCCAUAGCUCUUUCUGCUGCCUCCUGCAGAACAGUCAAUUUCAGGGCUAUUGCUGGUUGUGCCUUAGGCCCAUUGAUAGGGGAAGAGUAAGAAAAUGCAAGCUCUGCUAGCAAGUCCUGUGUCCUUUUCAACUUUGGCUUCCAGGGUCCCCCCAGUCACCAGAGCUCCCUCCACUCUGGGCAGAUUUGCUGGCUUUGGGUUGGUAUAAUUCAUUUUUUCAGCCAGUGAGUCCUAAAGUCAAGCCAGAAAGGUGAGUGUAGAAACAACUCCAGCUGUAGGGGGUAGAAGAAAGAGUCCAGAGAUUGGAGCAAGAAAUCUUGGGGCCAGAAUCAGCCUUGACUCCAACUCCCUGACCUCAUCAGGCCCCUUCUCUCUGGACAUUUUCUCCUUGGCAAAACAGGGGUGGAGGAAAGGAACUGAAUGCAAAGGACCCCCGCAGCCCAUCUACUAAUAACAGCCUUGGUGAGGAGGGCAGGGAGGAUAUUUUGAAGAAGAUCCAAUGGCUACAGCAGCUUCAAGAUUCCCACCGGGCAAACACAACUGCCUUUUCCUCUCCUGCAGUAGAGGCAGGGACUCUUCAAGAAAGCUCCAAGGGGUCUUAGAAGCAAGGGACACCACGAGGGUCAUCUGUGUUUCUUUGCCAGAGGGAACUGGGUCUUCCUGCCAUCUCUAAGGAGACCGGAAUCUACCUCAUGCUUCCCUCUCCGUGCCCCACGGCACUGACCCUCGCCUUCCCGGAGCCCCCUUGGCUCCUCUGCCCCUGGAUGGGAGUGGGAGUGCUUCUGUGCCUCCGGCCGGAGGCCUGGUUGGCUGCUUCCGCCUUGUUCGGAAGUCUCUGAGAACUGCUUCAGGCCCAGAAUUCCUCCCUCCUCUCCCUCCCCUCCUUCCCUGGCCCAGCAGCCUCUGGGCCUGAGCCUUUCUGCCUUGAGCUGAGCUGCCCAGAAGCCUCUCCGGCUUGGGAAACCUGCCUUGGCUGGGUCUUUGAGAGCCCGGGUCGCUUCCACGCCCCUGGGAGACUCUAGUGUAAGGUGAGCCCAUGCUUACGAGUGGACCCCCAAGUCAGUUCCUUCCGGGAUGGCCUCGUCCUUCAUGCUUCAAGUCCUCCUGAAACUCACCACCAGGGAAAACAGCGCGGCACUGCCUCUCGAGCUCCGUAGAAUCCAUGGGGCGCCUUCCGCGCCCCCCCCCAGACUCCCCCAGAUAACCAGAUUUAUACCCGCUCCAUUUUCUGUCACAGCCUCUGGAGGAAACCCUCCCGUCCCCCUCCCCGCUCUCCAGCCCCCCAGUCUUGGAAUUAGCGGCUCAAAUCUGGCCUCACCAGAUCGGAUAGAUAUAUUUAGAGAGAGAUUUAUAUUUUUAAGACGAAGCGCACAAUUAGCUGUCCCUUAAUGUCGUCGUCCACAUUUCAAAUGGAGAGAAGACAGAUGGUUUUGAUGGUCUGAUCAGUGGUUCCGAUAACGUUACUCAGUCGCUCCACGUUGGAAGUGGUGGGGCCCCCGGCUCCCGUGCCCUUGGAUUGUGUAAAUAUCCCGCUAUUUCCUAUUUUAAUGUUCUUCAGAUUUAGUACUUGUAAAUAAAAGCGCAUCAAGGAGAGAUUAAACAUUUUUGCUAAA